AUGGCAUAUUACAGAGACAUUCCUGUGGAAGUAACCACAGAAAUUUUGUCGCGAAUGCCUGUAAAAUCUCUCCAUCGAUUAAAAUGUGUAUGCAAGUCAUGGAAAAACCUCGUCGAAAGCCAUGAUUUCUUCAAACAUCAUCUUAGUCGAUCCCUUAAUAUCAACUCCACUAAUUGUUCCCUCAUCUUAACAACUAGCCACCGUAUCCUCCCCGUUAAUGGCAUCCCUACUGUCGUCCCUUCCCUCAACCGCGCUUACCUUGACUGUAACAACACCGACAACCUCACCAUCAACAAACUAGUUUUGCCUACCUCGUUUCAACUGUCACCCGAAAGAAUUGGUAGAGGCAACUAUGGUCUCCCUUGUGAACGUCUCCCCAAAAAGGUGAUCUUUGGGAGGAUUGAUAUCGCCGGCUCUUGCCAUGGGUUGGUCUUGAUCGUAUGUGGGAUGCACCACAUUGCCAUCUGCAACCCGUCUGUUAACAAGCAAGGACAAUCCAGCUUCAAGAUCUUACCUACCAUAAAGUUUAAUUCCUCUAAACACGACACUCAUGAUUCAACCUACGCUCUAAACUACAAUGAUCAACCUCACCCAAGAGAUGUAAAAAGAACAUUUAGUUUCAGGAUUUUCGGAUUUGGUUAUGAUAGUUACAGUCACUGUUACAAGAUUGUAUACUUUACACCAGGAAAUGCUCUUGUUUACAUUUUGUCGAAAGAUAACCAUUUGUGGAGGAUGAUUGAUUUGCCUGAGUUGGAGCUUGCAAGUGAAUUUGAACAGGACAUCAAUGAUUAUAAGCUAUAUAUCCAGGCACAUAACCAUGGUGUCGUGGUAAACAACCACGUACACUGGAAUAUCACCGAGUAUGAUCCACAAAUUUUCGAGUACUCAAAGGAAACAAUACUUACCUUCGAUCUUCACAACGAAGUAUGGAGUACAAUGCCAGUGCCAGAGCCAGAGGAAUUAUAUCAGGGGUACUUUAUGCAAGGCUUUAUAGUAAAACCCUACAUCGUAGAGCUUGGAGUGUUAAACGGAUGUUUAUGCCUCUUGAUGUCUCGAGGCAUUAGCUCUACACAUCUCGGGUUAUGGAUCAUGAAGGAGCACGGAGUGGAGGAGUCAUGGACAAAGGUGUGCAAUGUACCUAACGGAAGUGGAAUACCUAUAGCUUAUCGCGCAGAAACACAGGAGUAUCUGUUGCCAGGAACUCAGUAUGGUUUAGGUUGGUAUAAUCCGAAAUCAAAGAGGAUAAACAAGGUUGGAUUUCAUGGUUGUGGGUUUACAGGAGAGCAUUACUAUUCUACUAGAGUAAAGACAUGUAUUGAAAGUUUUGCUACACCGCGCAUGGAACUCACAGAAACAAGCGAGAUCUAUCGAUUAGUAUAA